AAGAAGAAGAGCUGCACCAUACACGAGUUUCUUGAGCUGAAGUCCACUUACUAACUCCACUAACUAACCGCUGGCAAAAAUGUUCUCAAUCCUCUUUAAUGCAUGCUUCCCGCUGCUUAGCAAAAGUUGAAAUGUUAACACACGUUGAAAAAAAACGGCGGUAUUGACUUAAAAUGAGAAAAUUAAUCAUAGGAAUUGGUGGGAUGACAAAUGGAGGAAAGACCACGCUGAGUAAAAGCCUCCCGGAGCUUCUGCAUAACAGCCUCGUUAUUUCUCAAGACAACUUUUUCAAGGAUGACUCAAUGGUCCCUGCUGAUGUCAGUGGCUUUAAGCAAUAUGACACUUUGGACGCCCUGCACAUGGACAGGAUGAUGGCAGACAUUGGCUCGUGGCAGGAGGAUCCUCAGGGCUUCAUGAUGUCUCGUGAUCCUUCAGUGAAAUCCACAGCAUCUGAGCCAUCCAAUGUGUGUGUUCUUAUAGUGGAGGGAUUCCUCAUUUUUAAUCAUGGGCCACUAAAUACAUUGUUCAACAAGAGGUACUUCCUGCAGAUCCCUUAUGAGAUAUGUAAAGAGAGAAGAAGCUCACGAGUCUAUGUCCCUCCGGAUCCUCCAGGCUACUUUGAUGGUUAUGUCUGGCCCAUGUACUUGAAAAACAGAAAAGCGAUGGAAGAAACUGUAAAUGACAUUGUGUUUCUGGAUGGCACACAGAAGAGUGAGAUGUUGCUCUCAACUGUUCUUGCAGACAUUCAGGAAAUGCUUAUGAUUACACAGAGAUGAGUUGUCACUUACCAGAUUUUGAGGACCAACAUUUCCAGCUGCUUGUUUUCCACAAGUAUACUAUGAAAUGUAUAAAUCAAGUUCAUCAUAGUAUUCAUUAAUAUCUAUUUUAUUACUUCCUCGUUAAAGUGCAUUUGCCGCAAGCUAUGUGACUGUCAUACGGCAAUCAAACCGUGUGCAUUAAUACUCAAAAUAAGUGAAUUAACAGAGCAGAGCAGAGCAGAGCACAAU